GAAUCACGACUUCCUCGCUGCAUACGCACCGCCGGUUCGUUGAAUUCGUUUAGCUUACGUCGCAGGGCGUAGGCGCGAGCUGCCUACGCAUCAACCUGUCGUAAUUGGCGCCACGGGUUUUAACGUAGCGCGAGCAACAAGGGUUGGAACCCAAACCCUGCUCGCCAGGGGUACCGAAGAGCCUCCGGCAGGUGUCGCCAUCCGACGGCGAAUUUUGGAAACAACGCCUCGACAUUUUUGUCUUUAUUGAAGGCCGGCUCCUUUUUCCGUGUUUUACGCUUUCUUCACCCGGUGUGCUCCCCGCAAAAUCCGCUCUAUUCGUCCAGUUUGGCUGGUGUAACGUUAGGCCAUCAGCGCCAGUGAAUUCAAAACACCGACAAUGUGGCUACAGUUACUACGAGCCGGUGCGUUGGGCCCGAUCUUGAGGAUCAACGGUGUCGCCGGCGGUGGAGGAGCCUCUGUGUUGCUGGGUUGCCCCAAGUUUGCCAGGAGGAUGGACUACCUCAGGGACCCCAGAGUGUGCAAGAACCUGUCCUUCAGCCAGAAGGACCGCGACACCAUGUCUGUGCGUGGCCUGAUUCCCCCGGCCGUGCGCUCGGUGGACGUGGAGAUCCAGGCGGUGCUGGACAACGUCAAGCUCUACGAGUCUGGGCUGGCCAAGUACCUCUACCUCAGGGAGCUGCACGACUACAACGAGAAGCUGUUCUUCCGCGUGCUCAAGGAGUACACGGAGGAGCUGAUGCCGCUCGUGUACACCCCGGUGGUGGGCGAGGCGUGCAUCAAGUACAGCCUAAUCUUCAGGCGCCCCAAGGGGCUGUUCCUCACCAUCCAGGACGCCGGGAGGCUCUACGAGAUCAUGGGCAACUGGCCCGACAAGGAAGUGGACGCCAUUGUGGUGACGGACGGCGAGCGCAUCCUGGGCUUGGGUGACCUCGGCGCCAACGGCAUGGGCAUCCCCGUGGGCAAGCUGGCCUUGUACACUGCCUUGGCAGGCAUCCACCCUGAACGCACCCUGCCAGUCAUGCUAGACCUGGGCACUAACAACGAGAUCCUCCUUGCUGACCCUUACUACAUUGGCCUUAGGCAGAAGAGAGUAAGGGGAGCACAGUACGACGACUUCGUGGAUGAAUUCAUGCAAGCUGCUGCGAAAAGGUUUGGAAAGAACUGUCUGAUUCAGUUUGAAGACUUCGGGAACAGGAAUGCAUUCAAGUUGCUGGACAAGUACAAGAACAGUUAUUGUACUUUCAAUGAUGAUAUUCAAGGCACUGCAUCUGUUGCUGUGGCAGGAUUGUUGGCUAGCAUGAAGAUCACUAAGACAAGCCUGGCCUCUAAUAAGAUCCUCUUCAUGGGGGCGGGAGAGGCAUCCUUGGGCAUUGCUGAGCUUCUCGUCAUGGCAAUGGUCAAGGAAGGAGCCACCCAAGAAGAGGCCAGGAACCGGAUCUGGAUGCUCGAUUCCAGGGGUCUCAUCGUGAAGGGGCGUGAGCCCAACGGUGACAGCACACAAAGCCACAAGGAGAAGUUUGCCAAGGACGCUAAACACAUGAAUAACCUGCUGGAAAUUGUAAAGUUUGUCAAGCCUACCGUCCUAAUUGGUGCCUCUGCCCAGAGCAAUGCCUUCAACAAAGAGAUCCUGGAGUGCAUGUGCGAAAAUGCCGAGAGGCCCGUGGUGUUUGCCUUGAGCAACCCCACUCACAAGGCCGAAUGCACCGCCGAACACGCUUACACCUACACUGACGGCAAGUGCGUCUUUGCCAGCGGCAGCCCGUUCCCGGCGUUCCGGUACAAGGGCAAGACGUUCCACCCGGGCCAGGGCAACAACGCCUACAUCUUCCCGGGCAUUGCCCUCGCCGUGUCGGCCUGCGGCGUCACCACCAUCAGCGACGAGGUCUUCCUCAUCGCUGCCAAGACCGUCGCCGACUGCGUGACGGAAGGUAACCUUGAGGAAGGGCGAGUCUAUCCUCCCCUGGCUAGCAUUCACGAGGUCUCCCUGAACAUUGCGGUUGAGCUCGCCUCCUACUUCUAUUCGACUGGAGUGGCCACUGUGAAGCCCGAACCAAAGGACAAGAUGACCUAUCUCAAGAGCAAGCAGUAUGACUUCAGCUAUCCUGGCACCAUCAAGGUCAAGUAGAGAGCUGGCCCAUGUCCUUGAAGUGAGGCCCCAAGGUCAUUUGAUGAUCAAGGGGUCUUGAACUUGUAAUUUGCAUCUUUUGUUGUUGAGCUAUCCUGGCACCAUCAAGGUCAUGUAGACCUGUACAAUGACCUUGAAGCAGAGCCGCCAAGGUCAAUAGAAGAUCAAGAGAUCCUCAACUUUGCAUUUUGUAUCUUUCGUUCAGCUAUCCUGGCACUAUUCAGGUUGAGUAAAAACCUGGACGACCUCAAAGAAACCCCCCAAGGUCAUUUGAAAAUCAAGAGGUCCUCGAUUUGUUUUGCAUCCUUUGUACACUCUUCCAUGCACUGUUUCGAAUUCAGCCCCUGGUUGUAGUUUUUAUUCCGUUCCUGAUGUAAACCUGGGUGAGCGUAACUUGUCAAGAGUCAUAAAUGUAUUCUCUUGCUGGGAUGGCGUUCAGGUCUAUGUUACGUUGAUGGUUUUAUAGUUCUACUGUGAAUGUUGCCAGUUUAAUAUUUUGGUUUUUCAUACAUAAUUUUGGCCCUGUUAGGUAUUCACAUUAUUUAUGUAGUCUUGCACUGAUUUCAUAAUUAGGUGGGUAAUGAUAUAUUUGUAUCAUUAGAUGUUGUCUGAAACGAAGGAUGAGUGUUGGGAGUGGCGAUAUUUGCUUAAAUUCAUGUGAAUUUUUUGUAUAUUUUAUUUUGUGAUCGAUGUAAGUGUACUUUACCGAAGUAUUUCUAAUACAUUUCUGCUGCAUUAAAAAUUAUUUGUUUUGGAACAAGACUUUUACAAUAUCGGUAUUAUGUCUUGUGCAAGCAUGGUUUUUAGAUGUAGUAUUCUGUAGUGGCGGUUCAUAUACCAUAAUGUAUCGUUCUUGCCUCGCUUUUUGUUCUUAUUUUCUUGCCUAAAACCCUGACUAUACCAGUAUUAGAACCUACAAAUUUUGAAAUUUUUUCUUUAAUGUUGCAAAAAUACAAGUUCUCUUACAAUGAGUAUGCUUGAAGUAUUGGGUUAGUACCCAUACUUAGCAUUAUUCACACUCUAAAGGAUGUGUUCGUGCAUCUUGAUUUUUUUUUUGGGGGGAAAAGGGGGGGAG